UCUUUUGGGUCAGUUUUGUAAUUUCAGACACUCCAAGGAAGCAUAAUCCGCGUCAGAUAUUCAAGUGUGAACAAGUAGAAUAAUAGGAAUUCACCCGUUGUCAAACGCGCACAGAGGAGAGAGAGAGGCUAUGGCGUGCAAAGCUCGAACCUUUUACCAAAGCAUUCUCUGAAGUUUUAUCGGCCGCUCUUUUUGUUUUUCAGCUCUCUUCUCUGUAAGUUUUUAAUCAGUUUCCUUUGCUUUAGAUUUUAAAAAUUUUUAAAUCUAUUCUGGAAGUGAUGAUGAAAGAGAGAGAAUAUUUAGGUGAGUCAUCUGGGGAGAAAAAUAAGGAGAACCCAGAUGAUAAGAUGGAGUUUCAAGAAAAGGGUAUUGAUUUUCUUGCAGAAAACGCCCAGAAUAAAAUUAAAAUGAUGGGUGGUUUAGAUGAAAACGCUGUUAAGAUUGGGAAUUCUGGUUCUCAGGAGCUCACGCUUAGUUACCUCUGUGAAAAUUCCAAACUUGGAGUUUCUGAGAAAGAUUUUUCAGGCAAAAAUCUGUUGAAUUCUUUUGAAAAAUUGAGUGGUUAUAAAGGAAAAGAGAUAUUGGUUUCCGAGGAUCAAAAUGAAAUGAGUAAUAAUUUGUGGGUAGAGAGAGAUUUUCUUCGGUUGAAUGAGAAUAGAGGGAAUUCGUCUAAGAGGGAAGUUGACAAUGAGAAAAUUGGGGGAGAGAAUGGAGAAAAGAAGCCAAAAGUUGAGUCUUUGAACCUUUCUUUAGCGUUACCUGAGGUUUCAAUCUCUUUGGCUGGGUCUAACCGCAUCCAAAAUGGGGAUCUUCCAGACCGGCUGAGGCCGAGUAGGAGUGUUCAGUCUCUGGUGCCAUCUUAUAACAAUACAAUGACAACUUACUCAAAUGAUUACACAGCUGCCUCGCUUUCCUAUUCAUAUUCCCACCCUUUUUCGCACAAUCCCAGUUGCUCACUCACUCGCAAUUCAACAGAGAAUUUUGAGUACUCGGCUGGGAGUCACCGGAGGGAGUGUGAUCAGAUAUGGAAUUGUGGGGAAGGGACUAAUGGGUCGGUUCAUAGCCGCUUUAGGCCUAUUGGGGAUGGGAAUGUUGCAUUUUCUAAUCAUGAAGUUGGUGGUGGAGGAUUUGGAUUGGGUAAUUGUGGUAGAAUCAAUAAGGAUUCAUGUAAUAAUAGUCUUCAUAAGACUACGAGCUCAGACAAUCAUUCCUUUUUCCCAUCUGAGUUGCCAGCAAGGCCGAGGAUAGAUGCUCAAUCGGGUGAUUUUGGAGGGAGAGCAUCAGAGGGUCGAAGAGAUUUGGAGAAUGUAGACGGAGGUAGGGGUCGUAAGAUUUCUAUGCCCAAGAGGAUACUCAGAGAAAUUGUAUCGGAGUCUAUUCCAGUAAUGGCUCAGAAAAUUCAGGAGCUUACUGAUGAAACAAUUGAAUCUACUAAGGAAUAUUUGAAGAAUCUCAUUAAUAUGCCAGAGAGGAAAGAUGAAUUGAUGGGGCUCCAAAACAGACUCGAGAGAAGAUCCGAUCUGACCAAAGAGACUCUCUCAAAGUGUCAUAAGGUCCAGCUUGAAAUUUUGGUUGCAAUUAAAAUGGGGCUUGGAAGCUUCAUAUCAGGCAAAAGCCAACUUCCAACUGCUGAAUUGGUUGAUAUAUUCUUACUUCAAAGGUGCCGAAACAUUAUCUGCAAGAGGAUAUUACCUGUUGAAGAUUGUGACUGCAAAAUUUGCUCAACAAAACAGGGAUUCUGCAGCGAAUGCAUGUGUCCUGUAUGUCUAAACUUCGAUUGUGCCAACAACACUUGCAGUUGGGUUGGUUGUGACCUUUGUUCUCACUGGUGCCAUGCAGCCUGUGCACUUCAGAGCAAUCUCAUAAAGCCUGGCCCAUGCGUAAAGGGGCCUUCAGGGACAACUGAGGUACAGUUUCAUUGCCUUGGAUGUGGUCAUACUUCCGAGAUGUUUGGGUUCGUUAAGGAUGUUUUCAUGAAUUGUGCUAAAAAUUGGGAUGCCCAAACCAUGAUAAAAGAGUUUGACUGUGUUAGGAAAAUCUUUAGGGGAAGUGAAGAUCGCAAAGGCAAGGAGCUGCAUGUGCAAGCCAAUGAGAUGCUUACCAAGCUUGAGAACCAGAUAAUGACUCCUUCAGAUGUCUGCAAUUUCAUUUUCCAGUUUUUCAACUGUAAGUAUCCAAACCAACUUUUCUUGCUCGUCCUUUGACUUAGUUGUUCUUUGCGAUUGGCAAAUUUCAUCUGAAGCAAAUUUUUUCAUUACCAAAGAUGUGUUGUUAAUUUUCAUCUGUUCUUCUGGAAGGCUUUGCUACAAUUAUGUAUGGUCAUUUAUCUCAUUUAUUUCAUGGAGGAUUGCAUGAUUCUAUGGAAGUUAAUGAGAUUCUCAAGUCGAUUACUUGCAUUAAAAUGAAGAAAUAGAGAUUUUUUUCUUUUGGUUGCAACUUCUGGAUAUUAAGAUGUUUUGGUCAAUCAAAUAUUAAAAUGACAAGACAAAGAUCGUUGUCUGUGCUCAAGAUCUACAUAGCUUAUAACAUUC